AUGGGAUCGAUCAACCCUACCAAGUCAUAUGACGUUGUCGUCGUGGGUGCCGGCUUCAGUGGGAUGUGGCACCUCUAUCACUUGAGAAAAGAAGGCUUUUCGGUCCACGUAUUCGAAGCCGGCUCUGACUAUGGUGGGACUUGGUACUGGAACUGCUAUCCAGGCGCGAGAGUCGACACUGAGAUCCCUGUUUAUCAGUUCACCGAGAAAUCAUCAAUGAAUGAGUGGAACUGGACUCAGCGUUAUCCGGGGCGGGAUGAGAUCCAGCAGUAUUUCCAUCAUGUCAGUCGCAUAUGGGAUCUGGAUCGCGAUACAUCCUUCAAUUCAGAAGUCACAUCGUUGGAGUGGGACGAACCCAAUAAGUCUUGGAUUGUCGAAAUCGGUGGCUCGGGAGAGGUCGUUCGUGCACAGCACAUCAUCAUGGGCACGGGCUUUGCUGCCAAACCAUAUAUUCCAGCGUACAAGAACGUUGACGCUUUCCAAGGCCCGAAGGUACAUUCAGCCAGAUGGCCCAUGGAUAAUAGCAUUGAUGUCAAGGGCAAGAGAGUUGCAGUCAUCGGAACUGGUGCUACUGGCGUGCAACUUGUCCAAGCAAUCAGUAAGGUUGCGUCUCAUCUUACAGUCUUCCAGCGGACACCAAACAUGGCUCUUCCCAUGGGGCAGGGUGACGUUCAGGAGGCCGACAAUCAGCAGCUCAAGGAUGACUUUCAAAAUACCGUGAAGAAAUGCGGGACCACUUACGCUGGCUUCCUCUACGACUUCGAACCGUCAUACGGCCGAGACGCCAGCGAGGAAGAGCGGAAUGCGCUCUGGGAGCGACUCUACCACCGUGGUGGCCUGCAUUUCUGGCUCGGAAACUACCUGGAUCUUUUCGAGGACCGGGACGUGAAUGCCGCCGCAUAUCGAUUCUGGAGGAAGAAGGUGCUCGCCAGGAUCACAAACCCAGAAGCUGCCAAGAUCCUUGCACCAGAACAACCACCUCAUGCUUUCGGAGCUAAGCGUGUGAGUCUGGAGCAAGGAUAUUACGAGUGCUUCAACCGCGACAACGUCACGUUGAUCGACGCGAGCAAGACUGGAAAUCCCAUCUCCGAGUUCACCGCGGAAGGGAUUAUAACAAAAGAUGGAGUUGAACAUAAAUUUGACGUUAUCAUCUUCGCAACCGGCUUUGACGCCAUCACGGGAUCCAUGACCAAAAUAGACAUCCGCGGCAAGGAGGGCUCGAUCCGCGACAAAUGGGGUAAAGGUGUGUAUACGCACCUCGGAAUGACGACCCACGGGUUCCCCAACUUCUUCUUUGUGUACGGACCUCAGGCCCCGACCGCAUUUGCGACCGGCCCCGCGUGCACGGAGACUCAGGGCGCCUGGAUCAUCGAGUGUUUGAAAUUCCUCCGCGAUCAGCACUUGCGGUCAAUCGAGCCUACCCGUGAAGCCGAGACCCGGUGGCGGGACCACGUGAACGACGUGACCGGAAAGAAGCUGUUGGCCGAGGCCGAUAGUUGGUACUUCGGCGGGAAUAUCCCAGGCAAGCCGAAGGAGGCACUCAACUACAUGGCAGGAUUGCCGGAGUAUAGAAAACAAAUCUGGGACAGUGCCAAGUCGAGAUAUUCCGGGUUUACACUUGAAUAG